CAACAAAAUAAAAGUUUUUUUUUGCAUCUUUUUUGGAUUACAUAGACUUUAUUGAAAUGCUCACUUUAUAAUUGAGAUAAUGUUUAUACAUUAAAUAACUGAUGGUAUUCAGCUGUCUACAUAUUUCUGAUAUUUCUAACAGUGUGUAUUUAAUUGGUGUUGAUGUUCGUUGCAUCACUGUCAACCGACUGUCUGGAUGUCGACUAAUCUAAUCAUAUAAAAAAGCAUCUAUAUCAUAUGUACAGUACACAGAAUCAUUAUGCCCAUCAGUUACCUUCACUAUCAAGCCCAAACAUUCAACAGCAUAGCACAACAGCAUCACAGUAUUUUAAUAAAGCUACAGACUAUACCCUUGAUAAUCAUAAUACCACUACUAAUAACUACAAAAACAGUAGUAUAGAUGAGGAUAGUAACAAUAAUAAUUUUGAAAAUGUUUCACAAAUUUUUAACCUUCAAGAGAAACACUUAUUAUCUGAUAAAAAUCAUCAUAAAUCAUUAGCCUACUCCCCGGGGAAUAAGCAUAGUUUAAUGCAGACAUCAUUUCAGCCGCCAACACUAAACACCUCAAGUAUGACAACCAUGAAGGGAAACAACGAGGGUAAACAAUCAAACGCUUUCACAGGGUUGAAUGAUCCUCAUCAACGUUACCGUAAUAAUAGUAAUAAUAACAAGGCGUUAUUUCGAUGUAAACUAUUAACAAUAUGCAAUUUUAUAAUUACCUUAUUAUUAAUUGGUUUCGGUAUUGCCUUGUAUGUACGCUAUCGUGAGUGUGAUGCACGCAUUGCAUUUAUUGAACAAUUGAUUGGCAAUUCAGAAUAUUAUGAUGAUAAAUCGAUGAUGUCAUCAGCAGCCUCAACAGUAUAUCCUUUCACAGAGAAAUUCAGUGAAGAUUCACCGGUUAACAAGGAUUUAUAUUCUACGCAUAAACCGUCCAUAAAUGGCUUUGCUAAAAGUAGUAAAAUAUGGCCAGCAUUGAAUAUUGAAAUGUUCCAAAAAGUCUGUCGUGGUCUAUCCAUCGAUUGUAAUGAAAUGAAAUUCUAUGAAGGCAAACCAGGACCUCCAGGACCUCCAGGGGAACCUGGCAGACCUGGACCUCCAGGACCACAAGGACCAAUGGGACCUCCAGGACCACCGGGUCAACCAGGCACACCAGGUGAAAAGGGACCACCAGGUGAAACUGGCCCACAAGGACCACCUGGUUUACGUGGAUUAAUUGGGUUACAAGGUCCGAAGGGCCCACCAGGACCAGCUGGACCUCCUGGAAGAGAUGGUAAAUCUAAUGCAUGUAAUCUCAUGUGUGAAAAAGACAGCUUUAGAUAUGCUAAAGGACAGCCAGUGUGUGAAGUAAAGUGUACAGAAUCAGUUGGUUAUAAAAAAGAUCAAAACUAGAAGAUUCAUUUAUUGGUGAUUAAUAACAGCUCUACUUAAAUCGAGUCUAUUGAAAACGAAUUCAGUCGAGAGCAUCCUUUACAAUUAUUAUUAUUUCUCUAUCACAAACAAUCCAGCGCUUAUAAAACCCCUUGGAUGGACAAUGAGAUCUUCUCAUGUGUAAAAUAGACAGUAACACACACGCACACACACUACCAACUUUAUUAUGUGCUCCUGGAAUCUCCUCUUCUUUUUUCCUUCUCCACAUAGGAUACAAAUAUACAUUUCAGAUCACGUUUCUAGGCUACAUUAUUUCACUUGAUAACUUGAAAACAAAUAUUAAUAAAAUUCAAAUCUGUAUACUAACAUUAUUAUUAUUAUUAAAACCUGAUUUAUUCUAAAACGAACUAUUUCUUCAGAAUUUGCGCGUGAUUCAGUAUUGUUUAAUCCUUUUCCUGGUCUUUAAAUACACAC